CAUUUUUAGCGCAUACCUGAGGCUGCAGGCUGCGGCAGUCGAGGACUCAGGACUCGAGACUCAACAGGACUCGACUCGUUACAAACAUCAAAAAAUUCUCCAAGAAAUAGGACGACCACUAUACUAAUCAUGGCAUCACGGAAAAGGAACAGGGUGGUUCAGGAGGACGAGGAAUCAAAGUCAGACUUUUCACAAGUUCAAACCGUUUCAGACGAAGAGUUCGAUGUCGACAUUUCUGGUGCUCUCACAGGCAAGAGACCGAGAAGAGACGGUCCAAUCGAAAAUCACCCAGAUGAUGACGAUGAUAUCGAAGAGUUAAUCCAGGAUUCUAUUGCAAAGCGAAACAUGAAAGGCGGCACUGAGAUGCUGAAGAAGAUUAAGAGCAAAGGGAAAAGCAAGGGUGAUAUCGGAGGAGGAAGCUUCCAAAGCAUGGGCCUGCAUCCAUCCCUUCUGCGUUCAUUGACCCUCCAAGGGUACCGCACACCCACACCUAUACAACGUGCAUCUAUUCCUGCCCUUCUUGCAUCUCCACCACGUGAUCUAGUCGGAAUGGCUCGGACUGGCUCGGGAAAGACUCUUGCGUACAUGGUACCUUUAGUGCAGCGUCUAGGAGGCAGACACGCGCAUACCUUUGGAGCUCGAGCAAUUAUCCUCGUACCAGCACGAGAGCUUGCUGUUCAAGUUGUCAAAGUCGGGAAGGCACUUGUGCGUGGUUGGGCAAACGAUGCUGCGCAGCAUGCAGGAGACGAUCGUGAAGAUUCUUCAAAUAACAAAGGCGAAGGCUUGCGCUGGAGCCUUAUCGUCGGCGGAGAGGGUUUGGAUGAACAGUUUGAAAUGAUCAGUAAUAAUCCAGAUAUUAUUAUCGCAACUCCCGGCCGUCUCCUUCACCUGAUCGUUGAGAUGUCACUUUCCUUGUCGUCCGUGCAAUAUGUUGUUUUUGACGAGGCAGACCGUCUUUUUGAGCUUGGUUUUGCUACCGCACUUACAGAAAUUCUUGCGCGCCUUCCAACGUCCCGUCAGACCCUUCUUUUUUCCGCGACCCUCCCGAAAUCGCUCGUUGAGUUCGCCAAAGCAGGUCUUUGCGACCCCAAACUCGUGCGACUGGACGCAGAGUCAAAAAUCAGUUCUGAUCUACGAAUGUCGUUUUUUUCUGUCAAACAAGCGGAGAAGGAUGCAUGUCUAUUGGCACUCCUCCGGGAUGUAAUCAAAGUUCCCUAUGGAAGCACCGAGUCGUCCAAGGACGAUGACUCCGAAUCUCCGGUCAAAUUCAAGAAGGGGAAGUCCAAAGCCAAGCACUCAACCCAUAGUGCGCCUCACCAGACACUCGUAUUCGCGGCUACAAAACACCACGUCGAAUACCUCUCUGCCCUUCUCACCACAGCUGGCUACGCUGUCUCUGCUCUUUAUGGCUCUUUGAACCAAUCUGUACGGACAUACCAAAUGAACCAGUUCUUGUCGCAGAAGACCAAUGUAUUGGUUGUUACGGACGUUGCAGCGCGUGGUCUUGAUAUACCGGUUCUCGAACACGUAGUGAAUUACGAUUUUCCUGUCGGUGCAAGGAUAUUUGUUCAUCGCGUAGGUCGAACGGCCAGAGCUGGGAGAAAAGGUUGGGCAUGGAGCUUCGUUGGUCAUGGCGAGUUGCCGUAUCUCUGUGACUUGCAACUCUUCCUCGGUCGACCGUUAAUCACCUUGCCAUCGUCCUUCCCCGUAUCGGCUACGACAUCGGAAGAGCCUUACACUCAAUCAUUGAUCUUCGCUCCUUUCCCACGAGACCUAAUGGAUUCAGAGGUCGAGUAUGUUCGCACACUGGACGCGUCACAGAAUACGCUGUCUAGCCUACGUGCAGUCAUGGGACGUGGGCAUGCCAUGUAUGAGCGCAGUCGUGGAAAGGCCAGCGCAGCGAGUUAUCGACGUGCAAAGGAGCUUGGACGUAGCGGUCAGGAAGGCGUCGUACAUCCCGUCCUCACACUGAUGCGGGACGGUGAUGACGGAAAAGAGGACACGAGAGAAAUGGAGGAGAAGCGUGCGGCGAUUGUCCGUGCGGUUAGCUCAUUCAAGCCUGCUGAGACGGUGUUCGAGAUUGGUACUCGUGGAAAGGCGGGGACUGCUAAUGCAGCACUCAUGAAGGAACGGAGGAAGGCGCUUGCAAAGGCUGUGGAGCGAGCGGGGAAUUCGGGGCCCAGCAGCUCUUCUGCUAUCGUCGACAUAGACCAUGAUGGUCAUGACGGCCUUGGCGAAGCGGGGGACGGUGACGUGGAAAUGGCGGACGAGGAAGACAUUGCGGCUGUGUUCAACGUCUCCAACAAGAAGAGCAGUAACUUCCGCGAUGAAGAUUAUUAUAUGUCCCACUAUCAAAAGGACGCCAUGACCGAAAAAGGUUACUCGCUCACAGAUGGGGCUUCUUCCUUUGCUGCUCAAGCUCAGGGUGCCAUCCUUGACCUUGCAGGAGAUGAGGACACCAUUGGCGCGCGCCAACGGCACCAGAACAAACUCUCGUGGGACAAGAAAAAGAAGAAGUUUGUCAAAGGGGGCGGAAUUGGCGCCGACAACAUGAAACUUCUGCGAACGGAGAAUGGCACUCGCUUACCUGCUACGUAUAAGAGUGGCCGAUUUGAUGAGUGGAAGAAGAAAGCAAGGGUAUCACUGCCAAAGAUUGGAGAAAGGGAGGUGGAAAGAAGAGGUGUUGGUGCAGUCGGGCCUGGAGGGAGGAGAUGGAAGCACAACAAGGUCACUGAGGCUAAGCCGUUGGACAGGCUCAGCAAUGAUUACGAGCGCAAGUCGAGGCAGCUCAAGAAGAAAGAGGAGAGCUUCGCAGCGGAAGCAGGCGAGGCGAAACCAAAAAGCCCUGGUAGAGCUAAAAAGAUUAGAAGUGGUGGGCGUUUCGGAGGGAAAUCAGUGGGCAGAGUCAAGAACGAAAUCAAGACGGUCGACCAGAUACGCAAAAACAGGAUGGUUGCAGAACGGAAGAAGGCUAGGAAUGCUAGGCCGAGUCGCAAAGGAAAGAAUUGAUUUUGCACUAUUUGUUAUUCCCUUACGCUGCGCAUAUGUAUGACAUCUCUGACUCAAGCCGCGUCCGAGUACUCCCAUUUCACCCCCGAUCCUUGAAUUAACGGCAC